AUGGGUCAGUCGGCUGUAUCAAAUGGCGGAAACUCUUACAAGAACCGGUGCGGGAAACCUUACGAACCGUCCGCGCCUGCCCUCACAAUACAAGGUCAAUUUCCUUCUCCGCAGAUGUCCAGAGGCCGUAGAUUGGAAUUUGGGUGCACGCCAGCGAUUCAGCCUUACAUCUCAACAGACAACGAAAGCACAAUCUACAUGGUUGUCGACGCUGUUUUGACACAGUAUGAGACCACCAGGUCGAUUGAGAUAUCACCUGAAACGUCAGAGUUACAAGUCGUGGUCAUCAAUACCAAUACUAGUAAAGCCGUAGCGUCAGGAAUGGUCAAAGUCCACACACUAGGCAAUCAAAUGAAAUUCUCCUUCAAGGAUCUCGGUGAACCGAGCAUGAAAGCGUACAACUUAAUCUGCCAAGCAUAUGUCAAUGAACAAUGGAUAACAGAAGCUUCUACAAGCGUAAAAUAUCUACCCUCCAACUUGCAGAAAGGUAUCGCAAGCGUGGUUAGAAUGAAUGCAGAGUCAGGAACAUUGAUGGUAACAGACGAAGGAGGUGAAAUGAUGCCCUUUAUUCCAUUUGGUUUCUUUGCUACGUAUGAAAACUAUCUAGACUCUCCCAACCUAUCACAGAUCAUACUGGAUAUGCAGAGCCGAGGCAUUGGUCAAUUCCAGAACAGCGAAGCGGAGCUAACCAGAGCUGAACAUUAUUCCAUCGCGAUUUCAGUUAACACCGUCCAACCUGUCGUUAGGGAACCUAGUGUUACGGAUCUUGGAAAGUUAGCCUCAGUCUUGUCAAACUUCAGUCGGGCUGGGAUGUGGAUACAAUAUGAUAUGACGCGAUCGUUCAAAAACACUAAACACUUCUUUCUAGACUAG